AUGUCCCCAAAAUAUCGUAAAUUAUUUGGGCAGAAUUAUAAAAAGAUCUUUUUAGAGUGUGCAAGGACAGGAAAAAAUUUUCAAGAUGAACAUUUUCCAACAAAUGAUACUUCACUAUUCUUUAAACCUUCCAAUCAUCAUCAUGGAGAUAUGGUUGAAUGGAAGAGAUGUAAAGAUUUAACGGAUAAUCCACAUCUAUUUAAGUACACCAAUAAUGACGGAAUGUCUGGCAUAAUUAAUACAGAUGUGAUCCAAGGAGCGGUUGGAAAUUGUUGGUUGAUUAGUGCUUUAGGAGUAUUGGCAGCGCAUCCAAAAUUAUUGCUUAAAGUUAUACCGAGAGGGGCGGAUCAAGAUUGGUGUCAUAGUAAUGAACCUGGUAAAAAAUUGGGUGUUUACCAUUUUAGAGACACUGAACGUCACCCUGGUGUAUUCAGGUUUAGAUUUUAUAGAUUUGGGGAAUGGAUUGAAGUUGUAGUUGAUGAUUAUUUACCUACGAGAGAUGGAAGAUUAAUUUAUGCUCGUUCAAAAGAUCAGAAUGAAAUGUGGGUGCCAUUACUUGAGAAAGCCUAUGCAAAGUUAUGUAAAUGUUAUGAAGCGUUGAAAUCUGGUAGCGCUUCUGACGCUUUGGUCGAUUUAACUGGAACAAUUCCUGAGACUAUCGAUUUACCAAAUUCAAUUCCAAAGAACUUUGAUCUGCCAAAUCAUUCAACCUUUUCAGAUAUUGAUAGUGUACCUAUUAAUCAAAUUAGUCCUACUAAUAAUCAGAUUAGUCCUGACAAUUAUAAUAAUAUUGUUGGACAGAUGGGAGUAAAAAAAUUUGUAAUGAUGAUACAAACCGCGAGACAAAGAGGUGCAUUGAUGAGUUGUAGUAUUAAUGCGUUGGAAGAUGAAAGGCAACAGGAACGUUUACCAAAUGGAUUAAUAAUAGGUCAUGCAUAUGGCGUAACUGAUAUACGAAGGAUCAGAGCUCCGUUAAUGAGAAGAAAUUCUCAGAAUGAGAUUAUUUUAAUUCGAUUACAUAAUCCAUGGGGAGAGGUCGAAUGGAAUGGGGAUUGGAGUGAUAGAUCCGAUAAAUGGCAAUCGAUAAGUAAAACCAAACGUAAGGAUAUGGAUUUUAAGAUCGCUGAUGAUGGUGAUUUUUGGAUGUCAUUUGAGGAUUGGAUAUCCAAUUUUUCCACGUUGAUUAUUUGUAGACAUUUAAAUACUUCAAUAUUUUCAUUUGAAAGAAGAUGGCACGGUAAAAUAUUUAGAGGGGAAUGGUCAAGGGAUAAAUUAACGACUGGCGGUUGUAUUAAUAAUCAAAAAACUUUUCAUCAAAAUCCACAAUAUCUCAUUAAAGUUUAUAAAUCAACUACUUUAGUUAUAGCAUUAAUGCAACAAGAUCAUCAUGCUUUUAUUCAUGAGGAGAAUCUUACCAUUGGGUUCAUUCUAUUAAAAAUUGAAGAGAAUAGAAAAUAUCGUAUUCAUAAACCUACUUAUGAAGUGGCUGGACGCGUAAAUUAUAUUAAUUCCCGAGAGGUUACCGCAAGAAUUUUAUUGAAACGUGGUAAAUAUGUUCUUAUACCAAGCACUUUUAACGUGGGUGAAGAAGGGGAUUAUUUCAUGAGAUUAUUUUCCACUAAAAGGGUUGCCAUAAAAGAAUUGGAAAAAGAUAGACCAAAGAAAAAAUGGUGGUAUCCUAUAAUUUAUUGGGACAAUAGUUAUUUUGUCGGUACAAUUCGAGUGAAAAUAAUGAAUGCCAUUCUAAAAAAACCUAUUGGAGAUGCAUACAUUAAGAUCAUUUUUGUUGAUUUAAAAGGUAGAAUAAAACAGAGAUUUAUUACGCCUAAAUUUAAAGCUGCUGCUGCUUCGGAUGGUAACUCGACUGAAAUUGGAUUAGAAUACGUUUUUUAUACAAGGGAUCCUUCCACUGCUGGUUUAAUAUUUCAAUUAUAUAAAAAGAAUGCUUUAAGUAAGGAUAAAAUGUUGGGUGAAGCACGUAUAUUAAUUGAUCCUUAUUCCAAACAAGAUAAACCAAAUAUAAUGUGGGAAAUUACUAAAACGCUUACAAGAGUUGUUCGAAUACCUAAAGAAUUCUUAUCAACCAUCACCACAUUGGAAGUUGAAGGUGAAAUUCCAACAAAUGAAUGCGCCGGCAGAGUUGAAAAGAAAACAGAAAGAACUGUUACAAGAAUUAGAGAAGGGUUGCCUAAGAGCGGUAGAAAUCAUGGUGAAAAUAGCAGUCGUUCAUCAAAUAAGAGUUGGCUGCAAAAGAAAAAUGGAAACGGAUUUAGGAAAAAAAGUAAAGAUUUAUUGCCUCAAAUUAUUGAUGCAGGCAUCGGAGAUUUAAAGAUAAGAUUAUGUUACUUUCAAGGUCUUGAGGCUUGA